CCGUCGUGAACGAAUGGGAAAAUCUCAUCUACGUUUGAAUUCCGCAAUUUGAGUUCCAGUCAAUAAUCAUCAGGUUGUUUUGUUUUUCUGUCGCAAUUGAGACGCGCGUGUGUAUCCGCAUAUAGAAUUUAAAUUAUAAAUAGGUGAAUAAAAUAAUCAGCAUAUACCAGCAACAACUCCAUUGCCGAAAAUGAUCCAAGAGCAGCGUGGCGACACAUUUUACGAUCUGGAUCGGAUCAAUUUAACGAUCGAGCGGAUGUUGGUUCUGAUUCGGCAGCUGUCCGGUGUCAGUCGGUUGGGCGAAAGCGGGCGUUCGAUGUCAAUGGAACUGCAGUUGCUAAAUGCCAUUGAUGACCGGGGAUAUCAGCUACAGGAACUGCAGGAAGCCGUGGUUUAUCUGUUUGGCCAGUUUCGAAAGAUCUACUUGGUGAACAAGGAUUUGUAUGUACAGCUGAACAAGCGGGGUGGGAGGGUGUUUGAGCUGGAAAAACAGUUUCGCGAACAAGAGGAUGGUAGUAAAUGUUUGUAUUAUAUGGCUGACGUGAUCAAGUAUGAGCCAGCGCUGCUGGCAAUGCAGCGUGUAUUAGACAGAACCAUGCGAGAAAUACGGAUAUUCAGAAAGCAAAGGAACAAACACAAGCUGGAACUGUGCGUCAGCCAUAUUCGAAACGAGAACUAUGAUAAGGCUUUUGAUGAGUUCUUCUCAUUUGAGGAUAACAUUGAAGAGUUGCCACAGAUAGUCGAAGAGGUGUUUGAGGGAUCUUUCACAAACCUUAUAAAAUUGCUGCUGUUCUUAAAAGGAUACUUCUGGCUACACAAACCAAAUUCACAAGAAACGUUUGUUGCUGGAUGCGAACAUAUCGUUCAAUAUCUGAAGUGUUCGGUUAUGUUUUGCCGGGUGGAAACUUUGAUGAUCUACAGUGCCAUCACCGAUGUUUCAAAUCAUUUAGAUGAGUUCUUCCAAGAUCGAUUAGAUCUACUAUUGGUAGACUUAUCUGGAAACAAAGAACUGGCGGUACAAAUGAUACACAACGACCCCAAUGAAGCAGUGGAUUUCGCUAAGUUGUUCAACCACAUGUCAGAUGAACUUCUGAUGGAAUUAGUUCGCGAGGCAUACCGAAGAUCCAGUAAGAGUAUGAGUGACACAUUAAAGUUCAUUUCCAAUCUGCCCUGCAUAAACCAACAAAUCAUAAGUUACCAGGAAGUGCACAACGAAAUGCGUCGAUUAGGGCGAUCAAAAUCAUCCAGUAUUUUCGUUCUCGCGCAUUACAUCAAACGAACCAUGCAAAAUCCAAAGUUUCUUCAAGCCACCAGAUCGUCUGAAUUGGAAGAUCUCAAAGCUAUUCUACCCCCAAAUAUUACCAGCAUCGUUUGGAAACAUGUCAGCAUUUCCCGUUACGAGUCGCGCAUUCUGAUGAAAUGCGGAGCAGUGGGAAAGGAGCUUGGGUUUUCGCGAUAUACAGCCGAUAAGAACCGCUUCGAAUGUGAACCAGUGGAUAAUGGAGAAGCUUUUCGUAUUCGUGCCAUUGCAGUCCAUGGCUAUUUAAUUGAGCAUAAUGGUCGGCCAGUGGUUGUGUCGACGAAGUAUGAUCCUGCUAGCACUUCGUGCCAUUGGAGGCUGAUUCCUCAUGAUGAUUGCAAUUAUUUCCGAAUAGAGAACGUUGCGAGUGGGAGAUUUUUGUAUUCCAAGUUUUCUGAGAGUGUUGAAUAUGAUUUUUACAAUUCUCCCGAAAUAUUGAGAUUGUCUGAUGAUGAGUCGGAAUUGAAUGAGAGCAACUCAUUUUGGAAAGUGGAAGAAUUUAUCCGUGGAAGCAAAGGUGAUACAGAUUGCGUGAUUCUUUAGUAAUGUUAUGCAUUAAGUACAGAAAUGUGAUAUAUAAAUAAACUACUCCAUGAAUGAAAUUAUCAUUGUGUUUCUGGA